GGGAUAUUAUAAUAAUGGGUAACGUCCGUGUCGUAGGAAGCCAUAAUAGGGUGUUGGGCAGCACAGCGAAACCGCCCCAGUAAAAAUCAGAAGCAAGAGAAGGCGCGAAAGCAACUCCGUAAAUAAUGACACUUUUUAACCAGCCAUAAAGUUUUCGCUAAUCAAUCAGUGCGCUCGACACAUCUCUAAAUCCCCGUCAUCGCUGGCGCAAUUGCUAUGGAUAUCAUGGUGUUGUUGUCUUGGACAAAUGUGGUGAAGCUGAGCAAACAGAGCAAACACCCGCGCCGGCUUAUCUAAGCUGGAAAAAAUAUCUCUGGGUGGGGCCGUGGUGAGUGCGCUGGGAUACCAUAACAAAGACCAACUCUUCCCUUCACUCUUCUCUCCAACAAUUACAACUCAUUUUUACCUCAAACAGCCUCAAUUGCUUUUUGUGACUGAAAAUUUUCUUUUUCGCCAGCCUCCAUAUACAUCCCAGCCGCCACAAUGAUUUCCCUGCGCGCGUUUGCUCCCGCGCGGCAGUGCCUACGAACGCCAGUCGGCCAAUUGGCCCGCAAAUCUCCGCUCAAUGUUCGAUGCUAUGCUGUGGCUGUUGCGGAAAAAGUAGCAAAAUUUCCAGGAACCAAAGGCCCUGACGGCAAAUACACAGUCACAUUGAUCGAGGGUGAUGGUAUCGGGCCAGAGAUCUCACAAUCCGUCAAAGAUAUUUUCGCCGCUGCACAGGUACCGAUAAAAUGGGAACCGGUCGACGUUACGCCGAUUCUCAAGGAUGGGAAGACUGCUAUUCCAGAUGAGGCUAUCAACAGCGUGAAGAAAAAUUUCGUCGCCCUAAAGGGACCACUUGCUACACCCGUCGGAAAAGGCCAUGUUUCCCUCAACCUUACUCUUCGCCGUACAUUCAAUCUUUUUGCAAACGUCCGACCUGGCCGGUCGAUUGCUGGUUACAAAACCCCAUACGAUAACGUCGAAACUAUCCUCAUCCGCGAGAACACCGAGGGCGAAUACUCUGGAAUUGAACAUGUUGUGGUGGAUGGCGUUGUGCAGAGCAUUAAGCUCAUUACUCGGGAAGCCUCCGAACGUGUUCUCCGCUUUGCCUUCCAAUAUGCCCAGGAGGUAGGCAGGAAGAAGGUCCGCGUCGUGCAUAAGGCCACCAUCAUGAAAAUGUCCGACGGUCUCUUCCUGCGUACUGCGAGAGAUGUUGCCAAGGAUUUCCCCGAUAUUGAGUUCGACGCCGAACUCCUUGACAAUACUUGCUUGAAAAUUGUUACCGAUCCCGUCCCUUACAACGACAAAGUCCUGGUCAUGCCCAACCUUUACGGCGAUAUCCUAUCUGACAUGUGUGCUGGUUUGAUCGGCGGCCUGGGUCUCACCCCGUCCGGUAACAUUGGAGACGAAUGCUCUAUCUUCGAAGCUGUCCACGGAUCCGCCCCUGACAUUGCUGGUCAACAGAAGGCGAACCCAACAGCCUUGCUCUUGAGCAGCAUCAUGAUGUUGCAGCAUAUGGGACUGAAUCAGCAUGCCGAUAAGAUCCAAAACGCUAUCUUCGCCACUCUCGCGGAAGGAAAGUCCCUCACUGGUGAUCUUGGUGGCAAUGCCAAAACCAACGAAUACGCAAGCGCCAUCAUCUCUAAACUGUAAUAGUAAUAUAUUAUCUCCCUACACUCUCUCAUCAACGAUUUCCCCGAAUGUUUUACGCAACCAAUCAUUUGCAGUUCUCCAUUAGAUAGAGAUGGUCGUGAUGUACAUAUCCUGAGCUCAGUGAGCUGAUAUUUUCUUUGUUUUCUUGUUUAUCAUUGCGAGAGUUAGCACAGUUUACUCCUUUCCUUAAUUGCUACGCGUUAUUUGUAUACAAAAAAGUGGCUCGAUGUAAUACUACGUAGAUGGCUUCCGGCGGUUCCCUGUUGAGGUUGAUCUUCCUUUUGCAUUUGGAUAUAUAAACUUAAAUGUGGAAGAUAUUGGACUCUAGCUGUGGUAUACUUACAUACAAACUCGUAUAAUGUUCACCUGUUGGUGAUAACCGUGCAAACUUCCAAAAAACAAAACUAGCCCGCGUGUCCGGGUUUUCGCUAACCAGUCAUUGAAAGAGAUGCGAAGAUACAUCACGUCCCAUAAUUUAAAAACGCCCGACUCGAGUUAACCCCCAUUAAGGAUCGAAAAAGUGAAGAAGGGACAACAAGAGAAGGAAAAAAAAAAAAAAAA